GACUUUCUCUUCGAUGGUUUCUACGACGAACUUCAUAGUAUUACAGACGAUGAUAAAUGGAAUAUUAGUGAGGAAAUAUUUUCUAAGAAAAUGACGGAAAAAGAGAUGUAUCGUAGUUUAAACACAUCAGUAAACAACCAAGACCGGAUUAUUGUUAUCCACUCGAGUGUUGCAAUGGCCAAAAGGAUAUUCAAAGUGGUUGGAUCUGUUAAUCUGUUCAAGGAUGUUCACAUAGCUUGGUUUAUAACGGAGCGAGCUUACACGCGAAAUAAAACGGUGCUACGGUAUUAUCCGGAGGGUAGUCUUGCCUUGCUCAUGAAUGAUGCGGUCAACACUGUUGACCUUCUACAAGACGUUAUAUCAUUGGUAUCCACAGUUUUCAGGGAUUUGCCUAACGAAGACAAGCGAUUGUUUUCCAACGUCAAGUACGACUGCGAUAACUUGUCCAAUAUAAAUGUGUGUCUCGGAGAGAAAUUAUACAAAGAAAUAACGAAGACGCACUUCGACGGACUAACGGGGACAUUAGAAUUCGAAGCAGAUGGCUCAAUAAAUAUUUCUAACUACGACAUCAGAAAUUUAGUGACUAGCGGCCGCAAUAAAGUGUGGCGAGACAUGGGCUUCAUUCGAGGGCACAAUAUCAACCCCUUCGGCAUCGUAUGGCCCAGUGAAACCAUCUCCAAUCAAAUUUUCAAUGGUAAGAAGCGGUACCGUAUUGUCACAAACCCCGUGAAACCGUUUGUGAUGGAGCAGAAACCAAAUCCGGAUUAUGACGGAUGUGCACAAGACACCGUCUGUUUAAAGAUAUUCACAAAGGAAAAACAAGCUACCAUCCGUGUCCUUCGUGAUUACGAGAAUGGUAGGAUAAACAAGAGCAAUCCGUACGAGGUGCGUUGUUGUCGAGGUCUGGCGAUAGACCUGCUUAACAGACUCUCACGAGAUCUCGACUUUGACUACACGUUGUACAUUGUUGGUGACGUCACGUAUGGAAAAGAGAUAAACGGAAGUUGGAACGGAAUGGUCAAAGAUCUGAUGGUGGGUUCAGCUCAUAUGGCCGUGGCUGCCUUUAGUAUCACGCGCAAGAGACUCAAGGUCAUAGACUUUACUCACCCUUACUUUUUCUCAGGUUUUUCAGUUCUUUAUUCAGAAAGAAAGCGUCAUACCCGUAUGCACGCCUUUCUAGAACCAUUUGCUGUGGAAGUGUGGGUCGCAAUUUUCAUAAGUGCUACCAUUGGUGCUAUAGCCAUGGCACUAUUUGAGUGGAAUAGUCCCUUUGGAUUAAACCCGUGGGGCCGGAAACGGAAACAGAAUUAUACUUUAGCUUCCGGAUUAACAAUGGUGUAUUCGGUGCUCUUUGGCCACACGGUUCGAACCAAAUCACCAAAGUCGUGGCCAAGCAAGGUUAUGCAGAACUUCUGGGCAUUUGCCUGUAUAUUUGUGAUAGCCAGCUAUACAGCCAACUUGGCGGCCUUCAUAGCUGGGAAGCACGCGGGGAUCAAUUACCAGGAUAUCUACGACUCAAGGAUGUUCGAUAUACGUGUUGGUGUGCUGGAGGCUAGUGCUGUCGAAUCUAUCGUCAAGAAAAUCAACUACCGAUUGUUCCUGACCAGCCAAAGACACCAUGUGCCUAAAUCGGACGAGGCUAUCGAAAUGUUGAUAGCCGGUCAACUGGAUGCUUACUUAGGUGACUAUCCUAUCCUAGAGUACGCUAGGGGCAACCUAGACCCAAAGUGUCAGCUCCGACUCUUGUCGCAAACGUUUGGGGAGGACGGAUACGGGAUAGGUAUCGCUAAAGACUCGCCUUUAAAGAUUCCCCUGUCAGAGAAAAUUAAAGAGUACCAUGAAAUUGGUUACAUCGACGAUCUGAUUGACGUGCACUUUGCUGACGCGGAGUGUUACAAACAGAGAAUAACUUCCGAGGAGUCCCGAUUAGAAGUGCUUCAUCACGCAGGACUAUUCGUCAUGCUGUCUGUAGGAAUUGUAUUCGGAAUAAUUCUGUGUUUUGUAGAGCAUGCUAUCUACAGAAACCUUGUUCCCCGAUUCCGCAAAAAAUCCCCGAAGAGUUGUAUGAAGAGUUCGCAUCUGAUGUUUUUUAGUCAGAGACUGCACCGUAUUUUGACGAGUGCAGAAUUGGUAAAUGCCAAUGAGUCAGCUAAAGAAAUGAUCGGUAUUGUGAAAAACAGGGAAUUCUCGAAACUCUUUAUGAAAAGCACCAUUCGCAGAAACAAACUGGCUGACAUGGCAAAGACAAAACGAUUGAACCGAAAUUUCCUGGAUGUGGUUGAAAAAGCUAAAUGGAUGCAGCAGAUGCGAGAAGACAAACUUUUCGGUGACGAAGAUUCCCCUGUAGCAGCCCCGCCUUGUAUUACUGAAAUCUCUCUCAAAGACGUAGGCACUAAAAUCGAUUUCAGUGCCCUAAAAAGUCAGAUCUAUGAAAGCGAAGUACAGAGUGGCAAUGACGGGGAUAUAGACGAAUCCUGUGAUGAAAACCGUAACGACGAAGGUGAUUGGUUUUUAACUCCUCCUCAUCCGAAAGACGUUUGUUCGUACAAAACAGGUGACUUAGAGAAACACCGUAGUUCAGAGAAUCUCGGUAGAUGUAUUUCCAUACCGGAAGUUAACCGGAUGGAAAGAAGUCCGGAUGUCGGUGACGAAGAGGACACAAGUUCAGAUAGUGAUGAUUCUAUAACAGAACAAACUGAGUUGCUCAUGCCCAGCCCUUAUUUACCGGUACAAAUUGACUCCCACCCUAUUCCCAAUGGUCACGUACCGAGACAGUUGUCGUUGGACCAUAAUGAAUCCGUUGAUAACUAUUCAAGAACAGAAAAUAUAACUAUUGAUUCAGAAAACAGGGAAUAUCGCCAACGAACUGCUUCUUCUUUCAAUGAAAACAAAAGACAAAAUCAUCGAAAGCGGAAAACGUGGCACGAACUUAAUUCGAGGCGGAAGUCAGAUGUGUUGCCAGUGAAAUAUGAAGAAAUUUCUAAGGAUGAUUUAUUGUUAAUGUGGAAAACUUCAGAGAUUGACCUUGGGGACAGACUCGACAGGGCGCUCAAGGAAAAGAACAAACUCGAAAUGAGAAUUGCACAGCUUGACGAGAGACACCAAGGGAUUAUAUGAGGUGGUGACGCUCUCUGUAUGUUCUUCCCCAGGUAAACAACUGUCAAACGCUGUGUAGGAGCCGGUCGUUCCAAUACCUUACCAGCAACCUUGCAUGAACUUAUUCCUAUGACUUCAGAUGACAUACAUUGUUGCUUUUGGCAUCUACCGGCCAAAUACACUUUAUGUGGUCAAGACAAGUGUCGGCAGUGUGGUCUUUAAGUUAUCGAUUCUUUGAGGAGUAAUCCAAGUCAAUGAUACUCGUUUUACAUCGUUCUGAUUCGAUAUUUCCUUAAUUGAAAAAGGUCUUUUAAAAUGUUGUGUCUUUAAUCGUUACACAAUGAAAAUCGGAGUAUUAGCGUAAAUGUAUAGCUACAUUCGUAUUAUUUGCAGACGGUGUGGGAGAUUAGGGAAAAUGUAUAGAUAAUAUGUGUGGAACCAUUAAUGUUGUCAAUAAUGAAAAAUAGAUAGUAUCGAUAGUGUCGUUCAGGAACACACAAUGAUUUAAAUAUUAUUAAAAACAUGCUGUAUAGGUUGUCAAAGAAAAACGUUGUUAACGGAUUAUCGUAACAUGUGUUCAAAACCAUAUCCCCAUGAAAUAUCUCUAAUCUUUAAUACCGUACAUACACUUAAUGUCCCUAUAAAUUUUCCCAACAACUGAUAACUGAGAACGUUAAGUUUAUGUGCACGUAAUAGACAUAGAUGUGACAGUUUCUGUUCUUCAAAUAAUUAUGCAAAACACAAAAAAUACUGAAUGGUCUGAAGUGGAUAUUAAUUCAUCAAGACUAUGUAUUAAAAAGGUAUGAAAA